AUGUCCGUCUUCAGCGCCGCCGGCGCCCUCUGGACCACGCGCUCGAAGGAGAUCCCCUACGCCGAGCUGCCGGGCCUCCCCCAGUCCUUCGCCCUCGAGGCCGGGAAAAACGCGCUCGCGGGCACGACGCCCGUGAAGAGCGCCGACGGCUACGCCAUCGCGACGUUCGCCGCGGGCUGCUUCUGGGGCGUCGAGCUCGAGUUCCAGCGGCUGCCCGGCGUCAUCGCGACGAGCGUGGGCUACGUGCAGGGCCACAAGCAGAAGCCGACCUACGAGGAGGUGAGCGCCGCGACGUCCGGCCACACGGAGGCCGUGCAGUUGAUCUACGACCCGGGCGUGAUCUCCUACGCGCGGCUCUGCGAGGCGUUCUGGGCGCGCCUCGGCGACGGCGCCGUCCGUUACCAGCAGGUCGGCAACGACCGCGGGCCCCAGUACCGGUCGGGCAUCUACACGACGACGUCGGCGCAGCUCGACGUCGCGCGGAAGUCGCUCGUCGACGCGCAGAAGAAGUUCGCCUCGCCCAUCCAGACGGAGGUCGAGCCCAUGCGCGGCGUCUACUGGCCCGCGGAGGCGUACCACCAGCGCUACCUCGAGCUCGGCGGCCGCUUCAACAGCCCCCAGUCCGCGGCCAAGGGCGACACGACGCCCAUCCGCUGCUACGGGUGA